CUCACUUCCAGGUAGCAGUGGUUGUUAGUGACUGCUCGGUUCGGCUGAUCCGCCAGCUCAGGGUCGACUCAAGCGGAGAGGAGAGAGAGAAUAUAAUAUGUCAGGGUUCUGUUACCAGGAAGUGGGUCGAGUUAUUUAUAUUUCAACACUCGUCCUCUGGUACCCAAGGGAGAACCGGUGGUAGUAACCUGAAACCAUAUGUUCAAACAUUGUCUGGUUCUGGAUGCAUCGAACUGAUAGAGAACAAUUGGCUUCAUGUUGAGGACCGGUGAGGACCAAGAAGAAGAAAUCUGUAAAUGUAAAUAAUGUAAAGACAGUGAACCUGUGAGGGAUUCAACAUCGGCAGAGGUGUUAGGAUGAAGCUCCACAAGAAGAUUUUGACCCAUUACCUCUCUAGCACCUCUCCGGUCGAUAGAGAGGGAUACCUCUACAAAAAGAAAGAGAGAAAUGCCACCUACCACCGGCGCUGGUUUGUCCUGAAGGCGAACCUGCUGUUCUACCAGGAGCGUCCAGCCGACCGACACCUGCUGGGUGUCAUCGUGCUGGAGGGGUGUGCAGUCCGCCGCUCGGAGUCUGAUGGACAGUUUGCCUUUUCCCUGAUGUUUGAAGGGCCGGGACACAAAACCUACAGAUUUGCAGCAGGAGAUGGUCGGACUCAAGAGAGCUGGAUGAAAGCUCUGCUCUCAGCCAGCCACUGUUACCUCUCCCUGCUGGUGAGAGACCUGGGGAGGCAGUAUGAAGAAGCUAAACAGCAACAAGGCUCUGGUGAGUCCCGUCACAGCGUCUUAUUCAAACCGUCCACCCCCAACUUCUUCUUCCCUGUUCAGGGGCCAACAGAGGUCAGGGAGGUGAGGAGCUUCAGCGCCAGCACUGUUUUACAAACACCUUCAAUACCGACCAAAGUGGUGGCUAGAAAGUCUCCUAAACUGUGGCCCAGGAGAAACGCUCACGUCACGCCACUCAAUGGGCCGGCGCCUCUGUACGGCGAGUGGCCUCUGGUGGGUUUUGAUCCACUCGAGGACUUCAGCAAACUUCAUGAUUACUAUGGCCAGGAAGUGAAGAAAGCCAGAGAGGAAUGGCUGAGAAGUCGACCAGCAGAAGAGGAACACAUCAACGGAGAUCUGAUCGACCUCGGCUAAAAGAAAACCUACAUCUCACUGCCCUUUAAGAGGAAGUGAGAUCAUGCGUGUUAAAAAGGAACUGAACCCAAAGUGUUGUGGGUUUGACUCUAUAUUUAAGAUCAUAGAGUUUGAGGCCCAGACACCUGUGAGUGUGCUAAAUGUUCCUCCAUCCCAUAUGAGUUUAGAUCAUUUCUAUUUUAGAUUUGUUUUACAGAAAGCUGUAAAUGUCAUGAGCCAAGACGGCCUUAAAGUUUCCAUAAGAUGCAUCAAAGAACAAGCAAGAAUCUGCACACAAAGGGUUAGAAGUGCAGCUGGUGUCUGCACAUCUGCAUCUUUCGGACAUGAAGCAGUUAUUCACAUUGUGCAAUUGAUAAGUUUGUCCAUGGUGUAAAAAUGCUUUAUGAAGAAGUGUUAAGCAAAGAGCAUUAUAUAUUUUAACUGAAAAAAAUGUAAUUCUUCUGUCGAUGUAGGUCCUAUGAUACAAAAAAACAUUACUUUCUAUUUCAGAUUUAAAAAAAAAAAGAAUUACAAGGAAUCUUAACACAGAUUUUAUAAUUUACAUGUCAAAAUGUCAUCCAUAAAACAACCCUCUAUUCUUGUUUGUUCUGCUACCAGGAACCUGCACACCUGCUGCUAAUUGCAUUGAAGAUAUUGCUGUACAUUUAGUAUUCCAAUUAUGAUAUUUUUAAUUGUAGCUAUGGCAUAGAAAGGCUGUAUUGAGCAAAGAGUAUUAUAUAUUUUUCAUUGCAUAAAAAAUAAAAACUGUUGACUUAAAUGUUUCACCAUAAGUUAGUUCAAAUAA